AAUUGUGAUAUUGUUGUUACUUGUAUUAUAAUUAUUACAAGGAAAGCCAUCAUCGCAAGCAUUUGCGAUGUUAUGCGAUCGAUUUGUUAUGUCAGUCCCUGGCGGCGACGAUUACGCAGCAGCGAGCGAUUUGCGACAUCAUCAUCACCACCAGCCUCAUCAGCCUCAUCAGCAUCAUCAGCAUCAGCACCAGCCUCAGCAUCAGCAUCAGCAGCACCUCCCGCCACACUCACAUCUGCUGCAGCAUCAUCCACAUCUGGAUCUUGGCAGCGGCACGGCCCCGCCCUUUGUGCCGCCGCCCAUACAUCUAACAGCGAAUGCUCGCAGCAUGUCGCCCCACAAUCCUUCAGCCACUGGCGCCACCGCCGAGGACUACGAGCGCAACUUGCCAGGAUCAGCUGUAGCCAGUGCCCAACCCAUGUCCUCGCCAUCCUCCUCCCAGCCGGCGCCCAACCAGCCCAUCACCCCACAACUGCCCAGCACGGAGCACAUGGCACAGUUCUUGAAGGGACAUCCGACGGCGGAGCGCUUCCUGCUGGAUGUGGCGUGCCUGCGCGAACUGCUCUGUGAUCUCGAUGUACGUGAUAUGGGCGUCUAUGCCAAGGGCAGCCUGCGCCGCGGCACACGAUUCGGCCCGUUUCGGAUGAACCCCUGCCGGGAGCCCAGCGAUCGUCACUUGGCAUGGGAGGUCGUUACUGGCUCGAGCUACAAUUGCUGGCUCGAGCCCGUAUCCCAGGUGGCCACAUGGCUAAGAAAAAUACGCGCCGCUAAUGAGGAUGAUGGGGACGAGGCUAAUAUCAGAGGUUUCAUAAUGGGCGGCUGGCUCUGGUACGAGACGAAUCGGGAUAUAAAUGCAGGCGAGGAAAUCAUUUUCGAUGGCCGACCCAAAACACCCUACACUAUGAAUGGCACUAAUGCUGGCGCCUUUGCUCCAGCUGUAAGUUCAUUACCCAGCGAUGAUCGCAGCGAUCGUGAUAAUGGCUCCCUCUACAGCGGCGACGAUAGAAGAAACAACGAUUUGUCCGACGACGAAAACAAUUUCGAUCUACGCUGCGAGCACUGUGAUAAAGUCUUUCCGGAUUUGGAAAUCUUGGACUCGCAUCUUGUGGACGCACAUCACCUAAAACAGGGCCAAUAUCCCUGCGAUCAGUGCCAGUUACGUUUCAGCCAACGCAUCCUGGUCAUCAGGCACGAAGGUAUAGAUCACAACACCAAACGCAAAUAUUCCUGUGAAAAUUGCAGCAGGGUAUUUUGUGACCCAUCGAAUUUACAGCGGCAUAUUCGCGCCCACCACGUCGGCGCUCGCAGUCAUCCGUGCCCUGAGUGCGGCAAAACAUUUGCGACCUCCUCGGGCCUCAAGCAACACCAGCACAUACACUCCUCCGUGAAGCCCUUCGCCUGCGAGGUUUGCUUCAAGGCCUACACCCAGUUCUCGAAUCUGUGCCGGCACAAGCGUAUGCACGCGGAUUGUCGCAUGCAGAGCAUCUGCAAGAAGUGCGGUCACAGCUUCAGCACCACCGCUUCGCUGAGCAAACACAAGAAGUUCUGCGAAUCGACGGGCAACUUUCACAGCCAGCCCCGCCAACAACAGCAACAACAGCAGCAGCAGCUACAACAGCUGCAACAGGGGCGACGUGUUCAUCCAUCAGCCGCGAGUGGCGCCACCAACGAGCUGCAACAUCCGGCGGCACAAGCAGCGACCAACGCCAUGGCCACGCCACCAUUUCUCGCCUAUCCUUUCCCAGCGUUUCCCCCCUAUUCGCUGCCCGGCAUCUUUCCGGAAAGUGCACUGCAGGCCGCCAACUUCCCGCUGCACAAUUGGUUGUUUCCUAAGCCCUUGGAUAUGGCCCAUCUGCAACAUCUUAACCCUCCCGCGAACUCACCGUUCCGUUCACAACUGCCUUUCGGCGCCGGUCUUCCACCGAGCAUGGAAGCGGCGGCAGCAGCGGCGGCGGCUGCGUCAGCAGCGGACGUGGAUGAAAAACCCAAGGUGGAGCUUAAGCGCGAAUCGAAAACGGAGGCGAAGCUACUUAAGUCGGAGUCACAGCUGAACGUGUCCGAUGAUAAUUCAAACUCCAUGACCAUUGACUUGAAAGUGGAGACGAAAAAGCUCAAAAAAGAAGAAGGGGAAGCAACAGAUGCUAGCCAGGAGCAGCAGCAAGCUGAAGACGAUCGUAAAUCCAUUGAUAUCGUGACCACACCGCCGCAUGAACAGGAGCUGAACAGUUUCUAUGCAGCUGGCAUGGAUGCCCCCGAUGACAAGCGCCAGACCACAGAGCUACCUCUCGAUCUAAGCAUUAGUCGCAAGCGACGCAGCAGCGCCAGCUCGCACAGCCAGCAACUGUCCAUAAGUUCGCCGGAAAGCCAGCACAUGGAACGUGAGGUGGCGGAAGUGAAGCUGCCCAAGCUGCCCAAAUUGCAGAGCUCCGGCGAAUCGUCCACAUCGCAUCAGUCAUACAAGGGAAGCAGUCCCACUCCCACCGCCUCGCCGGGACUAACACCAUCGCCCUCACCGCCCAGUAUGGGUGGCGAGCUGAGUUGCAUGUCGGACAGUGCAUUGAAUGCGUCUGCAGCGGCAGCCGCGGCCGCUGCGUUUCCAGGCCUGCACUGCCCGCCCUUUUUGCUGGAGGGCAUCUGCCGCGGCUUCUCACCCAGCUCGUUUCCUUUUUUAGGCCAAAUGGGCGGACGGCAAGAUUUUAAGGCGGCCACUGCUAUGUCGUCGCCCUCCAAGGUGCUGAAUGUGCAUCACUUAGCCACCAGCAACAACUCGCGCCAUUUGCCGUUUCCGCCCGAGUCCAGUUUCCAUGAGGCCCUGCAUGCUGUCGGCCUGCGCAGCAGCGUGCUGGUCGCCGCCCAAGUAAGCUCUGCCCACGUGGGCAAAAUAAAGGAUCGCUACACGUGCAAAUUCUGCAGCAAGGUGUUUCCCCGAUCCGCCAACCUGACACGCCAUCUGCGCACCCACACGGGUGAGCAGCCGUAUACCUGCAAGUACUGCGAUCGCGCCUUCAGCAUCUCCUCGAAUCUGCAGCGACAUGUCCGCAACAUCCACAACAAGGAGCGACCCUUCCGCUGCAGCCUCUGCGAUCGCUGCUUCGGCCAGCAAACGAAUCUCGAUCGGCAUCUGAAGAAGCACGAGGUGGAUGCGACGGGCGCCUUCGGAUACCACGAUUCACCGUCGUCGAACGAGGCCGACAACGAGGAGGGCAUGUACGACGAGAUGCGUACGUUCAUGAGCCAGGUCUGCAGACCUAGCCUGGGCAGGACGGAUUGCGACACCGAGGAGUAUGCGGACAGUGACGAUCGUCUGUCCGUAUCGACGCUACAAUCGGCUACAUUGGACUUAACGAGCAUCAAGGAGGUCGCCAAUGGCAAUCACAACAACAACAACAAUAACAACAACAACAAUAGCACCAGCAGCAACAGCAACAAUAAUAACAACAACAACAGCAGCAGCAGAAACAGCACAACUAGCGAGUUAAUUGCGGUGAGCACUUGAAUGCCAUUCCGCCAGAAACAGUGCUACCUGCCGCCCGGCGGCGCCACCGAAACUCACUAGCGAUCGUUGUUUUUGUUGUUGUUAUAGUUGCUGCUCAUGUAAUUUUAAGUAAUUUAAAUGUAAUUGAAUUCGCAUUUGAUAGCAUGUUGCGAAAUGUUUAGGCACUAAGCAUUGUUGUUGUUGUUGAGGCUUGAAAAACAGAAGAAACCCCAAAAGAAGAAUGAGAGGCGACCAGAGAGAGAGAGAGAGAGAGAGAGAGAGAGAGAGAUUGAGUCUCUCUCAGAAGCAGAAAUUAACGUAAACUUUACUUAACUUUACUUACAUAAGUGUGCCUCCGAGAGGGAAUUCAAAAAUUCGUAAUCAUAAGUAGUUCACAGUUAUCUAAAUAAUACAUAUAGAAGCCAUUUUGUCUUUAGAUAUAUAUGUAUGUAUGUAUGUAUGUAUUUAUCAAUGUACAUGUGUAAAAAAUUACUCGUAGUUAUGCAAUCAAUGGAAAAAGACGGUGAAUGCGAAAUGUUAAAGAAGUUUCAAAACGCUCUGAUAUUAUCACUAAAAUUUCAAUAAUCUACCAAUAACUAUAAAUCUACAAUUUAAAGUUUAAACUUAUAUAUACUAUACAUACAUAUACACGAAACACUUUGUAGUUAUUUGUAUUUGUACUUUUUAUUACUAUUACU